ACGUCGCCACACGCUGUUCCGCACCCUCACCUCACAGACUGCGAUAUCCGUCCGUCCUUCCCGCGAGAGAGUGAGCGUUGAGGCGUCAGUGGUGCCCUUGCCUGUACUAAAGUGUAGCUGCGUGUGUCCUGUGUGUGUGUAGCAGCUGUGGCCCUCACCUUACUGCACCCCGGCGCCUGGAAAACUUAAUAGCAGGUGGAGGUGUUGCCUCAAGUUCCGCAGUGUUGCAGCGCACGGAAAGUGACAGUGACAGGUGACAGGUGACAGGUGACAGGUGACAGGGGCGCAGUGGUGGCGCCGCGUCCUGCCAGGGGCGGCAGGGGCGGCGCGAGGCUGGCGAGGCCCAAGGUCGCUGGGCACCAUUGGGCAUGAGAGCGGCGCCGCCCGCACGCCGUCACCCGAGGCAGGUGGCGCCGCGGGCACGCAGCGCGGCGCCCCCCGAUCUGGAGAGGCGCUAGGCAGUGUGCUGCUGGCGCCGCCCAUGGUGGAGUGGCCGCCGCCCAUGGUGGCGCAGGACAUGGACGUGCGGGCGUCGCUGGGGCUGACCGUCGGGGAGAGUCUGGCGCCCUUCACCUACCUGGGCGAUGACCUUGGCGGCAGCCCCAUGGUGUCCCCGCGCUCCAGCCCCCGCUCCUCGCCUAGGGGGUCCCCCAGGGCGUCUCCGAGGGCCUCCCCAAGAGCCUCCCCAAGGGCCUCACCCAGGGCCAGCCCACGGUCCACGCCGCGCCGCAGGUCCCGCGCCCUGUCCCGGGACAGCACCGCCACUCUCGAGGAGCUCGUGGUGGUGUCCGUGCCCUGCAGGGAGCUCAAGGUGGAGAACGUGAGGCUGUUGGACCGCUUCAGCAGCAAGAGGUCCACGGGCACCCUCUACCUGACGGCGACGCAUCUUAUCUUUGUGGAUCCUGACGCCAAGAAGGAGACAUGGAUCCUGCACAUGCACAUCAGCAGCGUGGACAAACUACCGCUUUCCACGCAAGGGUCGCCGCUCCAGGUGCGCUGUAAGACCUUCUUGGCUGUCACCUUCGUCAUCCCCAAGGAGCGAGACUGCCACGACAUCUACACCUCACUCCUGCAACUCUCCCAGCCCGUGCACCUGGAGGACCUGUACUGCUUCCACUACACAGCGAGCAACGAUGACCUGGACAAGCGUGGCGGCUGGGACCUGUACAAUCCCGCCGCAGAGUACCACCGCAUGGGUGUGCCCUGCGAGGCCUGGGCUCCCACCACUCUCAACCACAACUAUGAGAUCUGCGACACUUACCCUCAGGAGCUGUAUGUGCCGGCCUCAGCGCCCACCAAAGUCAUCCUCAGUAGCUCCAAGUUCCGCAGCAAAGGUCGCUUCCCUGUCCUCUCGUACCUCCACAAAAACCAGGCCGCUCUGUGCCGCUCCUCCCAGCCACUGUCCGGGUUCAGUGCUCGCUGCGAGGAGGACGAACAGCUGCUGGACUGCAUCUUGCGCUCCAACCCCAACACAUCCCAUAUGAUUGUGGUGGACACCAGACCCAAGAUCAACGCCAUGGCCAACCGGGCGGCGGGUAAAGGCUACGAGAACGAGGCGUACUACGAGAACAUCAAGUUUCAUUUCUCCGGCAUCGAAAACAUCCACGUGAUGAGAGCCUCCCUCGCCAAGCAGAUCGAGACAUGCCAGCUGGUACCGCCCUCCAUGAACGGCUUCAUCAGCGGUGUGGAGUCAUCGGGGUGGCUGAAACACGUGCGGUCUGUGCUGGAGACGGCCGUGUUCAUCACCAGCUCCAUGAUGGAAGGUGUCAGUGUGCUGGUCCACUGCUCUGACGGCUGGGACCGCACCGCCCAAACCUGUGCCCUCGCCCAGCUGCUGCUCGACCCUUACUACCGCACCAUCCAGGGCUUCCAGAUCCUGAUAGAGAAGGAGUGGCUGGCAUUUGGUCACAAGUUCACUGAUCGCUGUGGUCACAUCCAGGGCGACCCCAAGGAAGUCUCUCCAAUCUUCACUCAGUUCAUAGACUGUGUGUGGCAGCUGCAGCAGAUCCUGCCGUCGGCCUUUGAGUUCAACGAGCGGUACCUGCUGGUGCUGCACGACCACGUCUUCUCCUGCCAGUUUGGAACGUUCAUCGGCAAUUGUCAGAAGGACAGAGUAGAUUUAAGGUUAUCGGAGCGGACGUACUCGCUGUGGGGCUUCAUCAGGAGCCACGUGACAGAGUACAGGAACCCGCUGUACAGGAGGGACUCCACCACAGACGUGCUGCGCCUCACCCUGUGUCCUCAGAGUGUGAGGUUUUGGCGAGGGAUGUACAACAGGUUUGAGAACGGCAUCCAUCCCCGGGAGCCUCUUGGGGACCUGCUGGCAGCCACCACGGAGCACACACAGUCCCUCACUGACCAGGCCGACUACCUCACCAAGCGAAUCACUUGGCUGAAGGGUGAGCUGGAGCGGCGAGGACGGAACGCUUCCCGGAAAGCAGCGGACGGCCUGUGUGACAAUCGUAUUCUUGACGCGGCCCAGCAGAAUGAAGGGAAGGUGGAGAGCCUGGGCGUGCUGGGAAUGCAGGAGAUAGAGGAGUCGCUGGUGUCAGUGGGGGCGCUCCCCGUCACCCACGAGGCAGACUCAGACGUCACCUCAGACAAGAUUGCUCCAGACACAAACUUCAUCAACCCAUCGCACUUGAUUCAUGGCGGGGGAAAGAAGCUCAUGAACCAGCUGUUGUCCCACCAGGCGCUGCGAGCUGUAUCCCCUGAGCUGGCCUCUGUUGCUCUGGACUGGAAAACUUUCCGUAAUGUGAAGGAGUGCUCCUGCUCCACUCCCUUUGAUCACUUCAGCCGCAAGCACCACUGCUGGCGGUGCGGGGAAGUGUUCUGUACUCGCUGCAUAGACAAGAAGACAGCGCUGCCGGGCCACCUCAGCCAACAGCCAGUGCCUGUGUGCCGACCGUGCUACAAGGAUGUCACUCGCUCCGUCUCGGUGGACACGCCAUAGUCGGGGAGGAGGGGGUGAUCAACUACUGUGGAGUGAUUCAUAUUUAUUCCUCCUCUUCCUUCUCCUCUUCUUCCUUCUCCCUGUUUUCCUUGUUGUAAGAGCUGCAGCCAGGCUGGGGUGCCACCAUGGCAUCUCAGGGCAGCUGGUCAGUCAGUCAGAUGGGAUGGAGUCUUCAUUGCUACCAGCCCUUCAUUGGGUGGUGGCGUGGAAGGCAGGCAAGCAGCUUCCCUAUAAAUUUGCCUCUCUGUGUUAGGAGCAGAGAACUGUGAUUGGCCAGCACACAUUGGCUCUACUUAGAAGUGUCCAGUGGAAGUGCCGCUGCUGCUGCCGCCACAUGUGGAGGCUUCCACUGGUCGUGUUGUUGAUUUGUCACUGUUUGCACUCUCCUCUGCGAGGACAUGACUCUGGUGUGGUAGUGCAGCGUUUGUACACAGGUGGGUCGCACUCCACCACACAGGAUUAGCCGGCAACCAUUACCAGAGUACAGUACUACUACUUCACCUACUUAAACCUCAUGGUCAUUCUUUGAUUGUUUAGCUCUUAGUUUUUUGGAGUGUCAAGUUGUACUUCAGUACAAGUUAUGAAAUGCAUUCAUCCUUUCCAUGGUCAAGAUGGAGCAAGGAGGGAAAUGCUUCACUAUUGUUAAAAUACCUGGAAGUCUAACUGACCUUAUAACUCAAAAAAAAUAUAUAUUAUACUCUGAUUUAGUUCCUGUUAUGAGACAAUUAUAUAAUGCAGUUAUGCUAGAAUCAUAUAAACCUAUAAUUGAUAAUUUAAGUUUAAGUUACAAAAGAGAGGCAGGAGUUGUGAGGUAAGCGUGUUGGUGGGCAGAAGGCUGACACCAGCACACAGCACUGGUGGUGGUGGUGGUGGUGAGGCACCUUGGGGGUUUCCCCAGUGCAUACAGUACCUAGAGGAGAUGCAGCUGUAGAGGUGCAUCACAAGUGGUGCCUGUGAGGCUGCACUGUGUAGCUCACACUGUGAUAGUGAGGAUCUGAAAGCAGCGGCACAGACAAGCCGCCACUUUGUGUAGCUAAAAUGAAACUGCCGGCCACAGAAGGCACUGCAUGUCUCACCAUCACAGCGUUUGUAGAUACAUUGCAGUGUUACACGUGGCCAGCAGUCUGUCUGUCUGUCUGUCUGUCUAUUGUUCUCUCUGUCCAUGUCUCUGAUGCCAUGUCUCCUUUUGAGAGAGAAGUGUCUGUCUGUCUCUGCAGGAAUACAUUGUAAACAUUUGUACAGUAUGGCAGGGCAAACCCAAUCAAAACUGUUGCCUGUCAGACGUUUGCCCUGCAUCUCCCUGCAGACAGACGACGCCACACUGGAAGAGCAUUGAGACAUGAAUUUGUGAUCUGAAUAAAGUCAGGUUCAUGACUAUUUUAGUUUCAGAAUUUUCACAGGCAAACUCAGAAUGAAUUCUUGGCGGUGUGUUGUAACUCCCCUGGCAUCCCUCACACCCUUCCCUCCUCUGUUCUGUUGUCAUUGUGGUCCACAGGCAGCCUUUACUGAGUCAUUGUUUGAAUUCAUUACUCAUCUGUCUCACACUUUUCAUCUUAUUUCACAACAAAUAGUUAUUCCUUGUGUGACAUGAUUUCUUUGUUGAUCAUUUAAGGGUUUAAUGUUACCAUAUUGAUUCCCAAUAACCUGUUUGAGUAUAGUGUGUCUGUUCUGAUUAAAGUUGCCUGGACAUCCUCCUAGGCGUGAGCCCUCAGACUUAUCAGGAAACAUCAAUCUCAUCUUUGUGGGUAAAUUAAUUGAAGGAAAUUAAUUAUAUUUCAUAUUGGGAGAUUUCAUAAGGAAUAGGAGAAAACUGUCAAACAAGAAAUAACUGUGUUUCAUUCCAGCUUCCAGAGUGCUUAGAAAGUUGUUACGGAGAUCCUGGAAGACUCAAAGACUGGAAGCUCACUCUUGUAUCCUUUGCACUCACACUCUGUAAACUGUGAACAGUAGAAAGUUGCACAAAGAGAGCAAGUAACUUAUUGUUGAGGAAGGGAGACAGACCUGCAGAGCAGCAAUGCAUGUAGGUCAUCAACACAGGAAUGGAACGGUAGCAGUAGUUUAGGCAUUUUCUUCCAGGCAAUACAGGGUUGUGCCUCAGAGGUGUGGCAGUCUCUCCUCCCUGCUGGUGUCCACAGGUCUGAGUAGCCAAGGCAAUCAUGGGACACUGAUAAUAGACCCUUGAUACAAUUGUGUUCCACAUUCACCUUGUAAUUAUUUAUGUUACCUUAAGUUUCUUCCAUUGAUCAGGGAAUACAUUACCAUUAUGAUACUAACAAAUACCAAACUUGUUCCUUGCCUCAAAUAUCACUAUUACAAAUUAUUUAUUAUUUUUUUAUGCUCAAAGCCUACCAAGAGAUAAUAAGAAGUGUGGUGUCAGGAGGAGGAAAUAAGGCAGUGAUUGCCAUUGAUUCAAAUUUUCAUAGAUGAAUAAAUAAAUGGAGACAAAUG